AUGGCGCCUGUGAAAAAACCGAAAAACGCUCUAAAAUCAAUGGACAAGCCGAUAGAGAAGCCGAUAUUGAAAAAUAAAAAUAAAACAGGAAAAAAGAACAACCGUAACUUCGCGAGUUAUAUUUAUAAAGUAUUGAAAUCUGUUGUCGAAGAUCGUAGUAUCGGUAUAUCGAAGAAAUCAAUGCUGAUUAUGAAUAAUUUCGUGAACGAUAUGAUAGAGAAGAUAGCAGAAGAAGCUGGUAGAUUAGUUCUCCACUCGAAGAGGAGUACGUUAAGUGGUGGAGAAGUAAGAACUGCUAUAAAACUGCUGAUUCCCGGUGAAUUAGCAAACCACGCCAUGAUAGAAGGAACAAAAGCGGUAAAGGCGUAUUAUGAUAGCAAGGAGGCAUCUGACAGUACUAACUAA